CGGAGCCACUGGCCCCGCCCCGCCGCUCGGGUUCUGGCAAUUUAACCUGUGGCUCCCCAAGAUGGCGCGGGUGCUGAAGGCCGCUGCCAGUGCUGCAGGGUUUUAUUUCAAACACCAAACUCUGGUCCAGGCAGGAAGAGCUUUUUCCACCUCGCAGCCCCUGCAUCAGCCGGACAACCCUGUAUGGAAAGUGGGCCGGCUCAACCACGUAGCCAUAGCCGUGCCAGACUUGCCAAAGACCAUGGCAUUUUAUCGGAAUGUUAUGGGGGCCAAGGUGAGUGAGGCGGUCCCUCUUCCCGAACAUGGAGUCUCCGUUUCUUUUGUCGACCUGGGAAAUACCAAGAUGGAGCUGCUUCAUCCGCUGGGAGAUGAGAGUCCCAUUGAAGGUUUCUUGAAGAAGCAUAAGGCUGGAGGGAUACAUCACAUCUGCAUUGAGGUGGACAAUAUAAAGGCGGCCGUGAUAGAAUUGAAAAAAAAGAAGAUCCGCAGUCUGACCGAGGAUACUAAAAUAGGAGCGCAUGGAAAACCAGUGAUUUUUCUUCAUCCCAAGGACUGUGGUGGCGUCCUUGUAGAACUGGAGCAAGUUUGACUUCUGUGCGCAAGAAAUGUAAUCAACCUGAAGAACUCUUCUCUUCGCAAACACUAUCAAAUGUAUCAUGGUACUGAUUCCAUCACUCUUAAAGUUUCACAGUGGAAAAUUAAAUCACAGAAAGGCUGAAAUGUA